AUGGAAGAAUUGUGCCCUAUAUGUUCCAAACCGAUUCCAAAAUUGCUCUUAGAACGGCACGUCAACAGCUGUCUAGAUAAUCAAGAAGUCAAGCCGGAUACAGAAAACACUGGUGAUUCUAUUGACCUGAAAGCAAAGAAACGCGAUGCUUUUAGCGCCCUCGGAUUGAAGGUUUCUACAGACGUGCAAGUAUCAAAGAAAAAGAAAUCAACCCAAGAGCUGAAGGGUGAUGUGCAAAGGCUGAGAAACUUAGAGGCGUCAUCACAGAAGGAACCAAACAAUGUUGAGAAUGAAUCUACUUUAACACGCAACGAAUCCCAAACACAACCAUUUUCUAAUGAUGCAACCAAAGAGAUUGCAGAGCUAAAACGACAAGUUGGUGUCCCACUAGCACAUAGGCUACGACCAAAGACAUUGAAUGAUUUUAUUGGCCAGGAAAGAUUGUUAGGGGAGGGUGCACCAUUGAGAAAUAUCAUCAAAUCGGAUCUAAUCCCGUCAUUUAUAUUAUGGGGACCACCAGGAUGUGGCAAAACUACAUUAGGCCGAAUUAUAGCAAAAUCAACCAGCUGUAAAUUUGUUGAGCUUUCUGGUGCUGGCAGUGGAGCAAAAGAUUUGAAACAGGUGUUUGUACAAGCUGAGAAUCAUAAAAAGCUAACCCAACAGCGUACCAUCCUUUUUAUUGACGAAAUCCACCGAUAUAACAAAGCAGUUCAAGAUUUACUUCUUCCAGUGGUGGAAAGAGGUGUUUGCACGGUGAUUGGAGCUACAACAGAAAACCCGUCAUUUUCAUUAAACAAUGCGUUAUUGUCAAGAAUACAGACAUUUGUCAUGGAAGCAUUUAGCCCGGAAGCAAUUGUGAAAAUUUUGAAUCGAGCACUUUUUGAAGUUAAUCGAACACGUAAGCUAUUAUACUAUUUGCCUUACAUGACUCUUGAAAAUGAUUCAUUUGAAUACAUUGCUGGGUUGUGUAUGGGAGACUCUCGUGCCGCUUUGAAUGUUCUCGAAACUGUAAACGCAUACUUAUCUGCUGACAGGUUUGAUGAAAAGCCAAGCGAUGGAGCCAUAGUGAACGUAACUGUGGAUGACCUCAAAAGAAUUUUAAAGUCUCGAAAUUUUCAUCAAAUGUACGACAAAGAUGGUGAUGCACACUAUGAUAUUAUAAGCGCGUUUCAUAAGUCGAUUCGAGGGUCUGAUGCUGAUGCGGCAAUGUUUUAUUUAGUAAAGAUGUUGUCCGGCGGGGAGGACCCUUUGUUCAUUCUAAGGAGAAUGACAGUCAUAGCAAGUGAGGAUAUCGGCCUCAGGGAUAGUUCAUGUCUCCCGUUCAUUGUUUCUGCCAAACAAGCUUUUGAAUUUGUGGGGAUGCCAGAAGGGGAGAUUAUAUUGGCUCAUUGUACAACAAAGCUUGCCCGAGCACCUAAAUCUACAAAAUCAUACCGUGCAUUAAGAUCUGCCCAGAAGUUGAUCAAUGAAAGACCCGAAGUGCUACGACUACCUGUCCCUAUUCAUUUGAGAAAUGCUCCGACUCGUUUGAUGAAAGAUAUGGGUUUUGGAGUUGAAUACAAGUAUAACCCCAACUAUGAGAAUGGCGUGGUCAAGCAAUCAUACUUUCCAGAUGACAUGGAUCAUGUUACAUUUCUUGAAGAUACACAUUUAGGUACUGCCAGAGACCCUGAUGUCACGGACGAGAGAUACAAACAAGAACAAGCCGCAGUUGAUGAUUACAAUGACUAUAAACAGUACGUGAAGGAGAAGGCGAGACGCAAGCGAAAGAAAGAAAGUGGACUUGUGAACGAAGGUGAGCUUACAGAAACAGAGAUAAACACCGCAUUCCAAAGCAAUACUGACACUGACUGUGAUGAAGCAAAUGAUUAUUCGGAUGACCCUGAUUGUACUAAUAACUUUGGAAAAUCGUAUGAUGAAUUUUUAGAUAGGGACUCACAACCGGACUAUUUCAGUGACGAUCCGCAGCCAGAAUCCUCUCCAUUAAUAGCAUAG